CAAACAUUUACUAAAAAACUUAGCUACAAACAUGUUAUCCUUGCCAUUACCUUUCACACCUUUGAAACAACUGAAGCCUUUUAAGAAUUCAUGGCGUAUACGCAAUCUUAAUGCAAUCUUCGCUUACUGCCAGUGAAACCAUGGAGUUCAUCUUAGUGGAUGAAGCUGGUGAUCGGAUGGGAGCUGUAGUCAAAAAGGACUUGAUCCAAAAAUUCGAGAAUGGAGCUUCUGAGGGGUCGUGGAAAAUCAUCCAAAACUUUGGACUAAAUCCAUCAACUGGUCAAUAUAGGGUUACAGACGAACGCUAUAAGAUCAGUUUCCAAACCGCUACUACCAUGACCCCUACUGAUGAUGUCUCUAAUGAUCUAUUCCUAAGAUUUGCAAAAUUCGAUCAAAUUCUUGCUGGAACUCUUAACACAAACGUGUUAGUUGAUGUCAUCGGUCAAGUGGUUCAUUGUGGAGAACUGCAAGUCGUUAAUGCCUCAAACUCAAUAAAAACUAAGAUUGACUUCCAAAUGAGGGACGAGAAUGAGAAUCUAAUGCCUACUACACUAUGGGACAAUUUUGCUGAAAUGCUCCACGCAGCUUGCCAAGAAACAGAGGAUGGAAUUGUGAUCUGUGUCAUUCGAUUUGCUAAGUUAGGUCUUUAUAAAGAUAUCAGGAGUGUGUCUAACGCUUUCAAUAGCUCACAAGUCUUAAUUAAUCCGAAACUACAAGAAAUCGAGAGUUUCAAAAACAGGAUAAAAUGA